UUCUUCAAUCUAAUUCGGACCCUUCUCUGUUCAUUUCUUAACCACAUCCAUCUGUUCAUGGCUCCCCAAGCUCCGAUUUUUACCCCAACUGAAGAAAUCUGUUUAAUUUCCAAUUGGGCAGCUUUGUUUAGAAUUUGGAUCAAUCUUGAUCUGGGUUCUUCAUUCUUUUCUUUUCAGAUUGAAUAACUGUUCCUCCUCCUCCCCAUCAUCAUCAACAUCAUCAUCAUCAUUUCAUAGCUUGUUAUUGUUUCAGAAGAGUUGAGAUGUUUGGUUCAGGCACAAAUCUGAUCACUACAAUAAUUGGGUUCGGCAUGAGUGCAACUUUCAUCAUAUUUGUAUGCAGCAGACUGAUCUGUGGACGAAUUCGAAGAAGAGCAGAAUCAUCAAGGCAGAUGUUGGAGAUCUCUAUUAAUGAUAUUGAACAGCCUGCAGAGCAACGAAGGAGGGAUGGACUUGAAGAUGGUGUGGUGGCUGCUAUACCGACUGUGAAGUUCAGUCAACAGGGUUUGGGCUCCAUAGAAGAUGCAGAGUGCAGUAUAUGUCUUGGGGAAUAUGAGGAGAAACAGGUGUUGAGAAUAUUGCCUGGUUGUGGGCAUAAUUUCCACAUAGGUUGUAUAGAUUUAUGGUUGAGGAAACAUUCAACUUGUCCUGUUUGUCGCCUCCCAAUUCAUCAUGAAUCCUUCAUAACAAAGUACUAUGUUAGAUCGCCAAUACUACCUUCAUCACCCGAAUCGCCUCUUCAUCAUCAUCAUGUAGCCGUGGGAGAGGCUAGUCAAGACUCAAGAUGAUGAUGCUGAGAUGUUCAUAUCUGAAGCAAGAUGAAUGGAAAUGGGAAAGAUGGAGUCUUUUGAUUGUACUUGUGUUUGAUUGUUACUCUUUUGUAUAUUAUUUACUUAGCAACAUUUGUAUGAUCCUUGGAUCUAUUAAUACAAAAUUUAACACUGUUUUACUCA